AUGAUAAACAAUAAAAAUAAUAAUAAUAAUAAUAAAAAUUUAAUUGAAAAUCCUAUAAUUGAAGAUAACGAAGAUGAAAAUACAAUUUUAACAAAAUCAGCAAAGAAAGAACAGUCAUUAAAUUUUAUAUUGAAUAGUUUAUUUUACAAGAAUUCAACAAGGUAUAAGAAUAAUAGAAAUAAUAGAAUUAAAAACAGUAAUGAGGAUGAUAAAGAUUACUCAUUUCAACCAAUAAAGAGUUUAAUAGAGUUACCAGAUGAUAUACUAUUAAUGAUAUUCAGAUAUCUAGAUGUACCAACAUUAUUAAAAGUAUCACAACUUUGUAAUUUCCUAAAUAGCGUUUCAUCAAAUCAUGAACUUUGGAAAGAGUUAUUCUUUAGAAAAUGGGGACCACUCUUCCCACUCGUACCAGUUUGUACCAUCAGUUGUUGUCAUCAAUAUUUCUCAAAUCCAUACUCUUAUUUAGAACCCAUAAAUCAACUAUUCUCAAUACCAUUCUAUAAAUCAUUAUCAAUACCAAAGUCAGCACUAUCAACAAUUUCAAAAACCACAAUAUCAAUAUCACCAUCACCAACACCAAUAAUACAUAAUAGCAGUGGUAGUAUACAGAAACAGCAACAAUCAUCAUAUACAUUUAAACAAUUAUUUAAAUUUAGAAAUUUAUUAUUUGAUCAUUAUAGACCAAUUGUGAUGGAUGGAUUGAAUUUAUUGAAAACUACAAUUUCGAUAAAGGAUGUUUGGAUGAAGAUUAAUGAUCCUAUAUUGAGUUCAUCGAUUAAUUCAGUUACACAGAGUAGAGUUGAGAAAUCGAUUAUUACACAACAACCAACAACUUAUUUAAAUAUAAAUGAUCAUUCUAUUGUAAACCAAAUUCAAACUACAUUUUGUGUAAAAGUUAUAAAGAUAUUUCCAACUAGAAUUUUGAAACAGUUGUUGAAUUUAAUAACAGAUUAUGAGAAAAUACCAUUAUGGGAUGUCUCAUUAAGACAUUGUACAGGCUUGAUAGUGAAAUCACCAAAUUAUAAAAAUUCAAAAUCAAUCAUUUCAAAUAAUAGUGAAUUAGAUCCAAUUAAAAAAGUUGAUAUACUUCAUAAACAAAUCAUUGGUAAUCUAUAUAUGACUUAUGUUAGAAUGAUUUAUUCUCAACAUGAUGAUAAUUUAAAAUUCUUUGAUGAUACUCUAAGUGGUUUAAAUCAUUUUGAAGAUAUUUCAACUCCAACUCCAAUUUCACAACCACCACCACAACAACCACAACAACCACAACAACCACAACAACAAACUACAACUACAACUACAACAUCAAAUCAUAAUCAUCAUAAUUGUAAUAUAUCAAAUAAUCAAUCACAACCACAACCACAACCACAACAACAGCAACAACAACAACAGGAUCAAAAUAAUCAGAAUUUAAAAAGAAAAAGAGAAGAUCAAGAAAAUAUACCUAAUGCCACCACAACUAGUUUAAGUGAUUUACAUCAACAUAGUGGUGGUGGUAGCGGUGGUGUCAAUAAUGAUGAUGAAGCAAUGAAUAAAGAAAAGGUUUUGAAAAUGUCAUUGGAAUUCAAAAAGAGAGCAGAGGAAAAUGAAAAAAGAAUUAGACAACAAAUUAUGAAUGAAGUAGCAAAGAAACAACAAUUAUCUGAAGCAACUACAAAUGCUAUUCUAGUUACAUUAUCUUCUCAAUCAGUUCCACCUUCAUCACCUCCUCAAUCAUCAUCAUCUUCAUCAUCAUCAACAUCAUCAACUUCUUCCACCACCACUCCCAGUUCCACUUCAUCAUCAUCAUCAUCAUCAUCAUUACAAGCUACAACCACAACAACAACAAACACAAACACAAACACAAACACAAACACAAACACAAACACAAACGCAAACGCAAACGCAAAUACAAAUACAAAUAUAAAUACAAAUACAAAUACAAAUACAACAAAUACAUCAUCAUCAUCACGUUCACAAUCACCACCAGUUCCAACAAAGACUGAUGCAGCAGCAGCAGCUGCAUGUUGCAGAGCACAUGUUACAUCAGUUUUGGACCAAUUUGAUGAUAUUAGAUUAAACCAUCCACUUUAUAUUGUUCAAAAUGCAAUCCCAUUUAAAAUUUCAGGUGACGAAUAUGUAAAUAAAUAUGAAACUUUUAAAUUAGAUUGCUUUGGAAGUGGUUUUAUAUUUGAACCAUUAAAUGAAGGUAAAGAAACUAAAAUGACCUAUUUAUUACAAAUGGGUAAACAAGAUUGGAUGGAAGAUGUUUGUGAAUUGAUUGAUGAAAUGGCAAUCUCUCGUAAUAGAUCUUUGAAUUCGUUAAUUUCUCAUUCUUAUCAACUUUCAAGAAGAUUGGGCACACCAAAUAAUAGUAAAUAA